CUUCGGUACUUUGGCAGAGCUGACGCCGUUGAGAAUGAGAUCGACGUUUGGAGGUGGUGGAGCCACGAACCCAAAGCAGAAUUGAGCGACAUUAAAAUGACUCCUACCGAAAUGAUUAUCAGAGCUCACCUCGGAAUCCCGAUAGAAGACUUGGCAGCCAUGAAACGAUUAUUCAAGCUGAUGAAAAAUGUAAAGGGAGGCCGAGCUCAAGACUCUUCACAUAUUCUUCAUUGGCCGAUGCUAGUCAAUGACCCGGUUCCUAUGAGUUCACAGCUUAAAAAGUUUACGCGCUUCUAUGAGUUCUUUGGUCUUAAAGUUGUUGUCUCUCCAAAGGCCUUGAAAAAGUUGAAACUCAAAUCUUAGACCCUCGAGGACAUCUCUGGCACUUUUUGGAUGCUAAUGGCAUUUUAGGGAGGCAAUAUCAUUUCGUAUUCAACCUUCUUAACAAUAACUCCAUCUUUCAUCUCCCGAUGAUCUUGAAUGAAAUUUGUCACCAGAAAUAUAGACUAGUCGAAAAUGGAUAUCGGUUUGAUCACUGAUCAUAAAGAGUUGAGAACCUUUGAUUCAUCAUCCAGCUUGUUGCGAUUCCCAUGUUACUUUACUUCAUAAUUAGUCAAUACUCUUGACUCAUCAAUCAAGUUGUCUUUAAGUUGUCUUUUCUCAUACAUCCCUGCAAAAUUAUUUAAACCU